CAGUAUAUUAUUAUCGACAAUAUUGUCAAGGCCCCGAGCAAGCACACUGGCCGUGAUGAGUCGUCUCGCCUUGUGCAGGAUGGGCAGGAUGUAUAGAAGGCCUUUUCGCUUAGUCAAGCACGAGGCCUAACCCUGCAUACGCUAUCGUAGCAAUCCAGCAAUCCAGCAAUUAUCCUGGUUGAUUCAGCAAUCGUGAAGUCCAAAGUGAAUCGCCCUCAACGCAACUUCCGUCGCUUUUCAACCACAGCAAAGCAAAGACAAGCAGCGUAAAUGUCGAGCCCUCAGUGUGAUAUCGGCCUCAUCGGCCUCGCCGUCAUGGGCCAGAACCUCGUCCUCAACAUGAACGACCACGGCUUCAAGGUCGGUGUCUUCAACCGAACUGUCUCAAAGGUAGACGCUUUCCUCGAGCACGAAGCAAAGGGAACCCAGAUUGAGGGCUACCACUCCAUCGAGGAGCUCUGCAAGAACCUCAAGCGUCCCAGGCGUAUCGUCCUCCUCGUUAAGGCAGGACAGGCUGUGGAUGACUUUAUCGAGAUGAUUAUCAAGCACAUGGAUAAGGGAGACAUCAUUAUUGACGGCGGAAACUCGCACUACCCAGACUCUAACCGCAGGGCCGAGUACCUUGAGAAGAAGGGCUUGCUCUUUGUGGGAUCCGGUGUCUCCGGCGGUGAGGAAGGUGCACGUCACGGUCCCUCGAUGAUGCCCGGUGGCUCAGACGAGGCAUGGCCUCACGUCAAGGACAUCUUCCAGUCCAUCUGCGCCAAGGCCGAUGGCGAGCCUUGCUGUGACUGGGUCGGCCAAGCCGGCUCGGGACACUACGUCAAGCAAACGCACAACGGUAUCGAGUACGGUGACAUGCAAAUGAUUUCCGAAGUCUACAGCAUCAUGCGCAAUGUCGGUAUGUCUUGUGAUGAAAUUGCAGAUGUCUUUGACACCUGGAACAAGGGUCUCCUCGACUCCUUCCUCAUUGACAUCACCCGUGACAUUCUCCGAUACAAGGAUGAAGACGGCACCCCACUCGUUGACAAGAUCCUCGAUUCUGCUGGCCAAAAGGGAACUGGCAAGUGGACCGCCAUCAACGCACUCGACCUCGGUCUGCCCGUCACAUUGAUUGGUGAGGCUGUCUUUGCUCGAUGCCUGUCUGCCAUCAAGGGCGAGCGUGUCCGAGCCAGCAAGGCACUCCCCAAGGUGCCCAUCACCGCCAAGUUUGAAGGUGACAAGAAGCAACUCAUUGACGACCUCGAGCAGGCUCUGUAUGCCUCCAAGAUCAUCUCGUAUGCUCAGGGCUUCAUGCUCAUGCGUGGUGCUGCAAAGGAGUACGGAUGGAAGCUCAACUUUGGUGGUAUUGCCCUCAUGUGGCGUGGUGGCUGCAUCAUCCGCUCUGUCUUCCUCGGCGACAUCACCUCUGCCUUCAAGAAGAACCCCGAGCUCGAGAACCUGUUGUUUGAUGACUUCUUCAAGAAGGCCAUUGAGACUGCUCAGCCUGGUUGGCGUCGUGUCAUCUCGCAGGCCGCCCUCAUGGGUAUCCCUGCACCUGCUCUCUCGACUGCCUUGUCCUUCUACGAUGGCUACACCACCGAGCAGCUCCCUGCAAACCUCUUGCAAGCUCAGCGUGACUACUUUGGUGCUCACACAUUCCGUGUCUUGCCUCAGUUUGCUAGCGAGUCUCUGCCAGAGGGCAAGGACAUCCACAUCAACUGGUCUGGUCGUGGAAACAUGCGUGUCUCGGCAUCUACUUACUCCGCUUAGAUAGUUUAUAGUGCCAACGUCACUUUUGCGGCGAAUCUGCUUUACAACAGUCUUUUUAUUAGAACGUAUUGGAGUAUGACAUUUUAUUCAUCCAUUAUAAAGCUACACGCAAGGUUUAAAAGUACAUGGUUGGGUGAGAAUAACGCUUGCUCAAUUUCAUUCAUGCUUUUCUUGGGGCUUGAUGUUCUGUGGCGGUUAACCUUGUCGGCGGUCUUCCGGGUACGGUUGCAUGGGUGGACCACCGCCACUUUGAUACGCAUAACCAUAGGGAUCAACCACUGCCGCUGACAAGGGCGGAUGAGAUGCGGACCCAUCGGGUUGAUUAUGGAAGACGUUGCCAAUAGGUGGGAGUGUGAUGCGCGAGAUAUCAGACGUGGGCGGUUGGAGUGGCGGCGACUGUGGUCGAUGCUGCUGCUGCUGUGGUUGAAAAGACUGUCCAGGCUGAUGAGGCGAGA